UUUAAUAAGUAUAUGUAUAAAUAAAUAUCUUUAUAUGUUGUAGGUGUGCAAUAUUAAUCAUUCUUUCUAGUGUGGCAAAAUCCACCAUUGCUUUGCUUCUAUGGCUAUGGAUUUCAUUUGUUGUUGAAUUUACUCAUUUUAUCCAUAGAUCUUGGAUCCUCACUUCACAUUACAUGAACAUAGGAGAUGAAGAUUUAUUUUAUUCUUCUUGAAGUGUUGUUGAUCCUGCAAUUAUGCGGAUACAUUUUGUGCAAAGAGUGCACCAACAUUCCAACUCAAUCUCACACUCUGAGAUACCAACUGCUGACAUCGAAGAACGAGACGUGGAAGCACGAGAUGCUCUCGCAUCAUGUCACGCCCACGGAUGAUUCCUUGUGGUCGAGCUUGUUCCCGAGGAAGAUGCUGCAGGAGGAGGACGAGCAUAGCUGGGGCGUCGUGUAUCGGAAAAUGAAGAACUCGGGUGGAGCCAAAGGCGUGUUGAGUGAGGUGUCGUUGCACGAUGUCAGAUUGGACCCGAAAUCCAUGCAUGGGAGGGCUCAGCAGACUAAUCUAGACUACUUGCUCAUCUUGGAUGUCGAUAGGCUCGUCUGGAGCUUUCGCAAGACUGCAGGCUUGGACGCUCCCGGCAGCCCCUAUGGCGGGUGGGAGUCCCCGGACAUGGAGCUUCGCGGCCACUUUGUCGGGCACUAUUUGAGCGCGUGUGCGCAAAUGUGGGCGAGUACUCACAACGAGAGCCUCAAACAGAAGAUGAAUGCUGUAGUUUCAGCUCUAUCAGCAUGUCAGCAGAAAAUGGGAACCGGCUAUCUUUCAGCUUUCCCCUCGGAAUUUUUUGACCGUUUUGAGGCUAUAAAGCCCGUUUGGGCGCCCUAUUACACUAUCCACAAGAUAUUGGCAGGGCUUUUGGAUCAGUACAGUUUGGGUGGCAAUGAACAAGCAUUGAAGAUGAGUGUAUGGAUCGUCGAUUACUUCUACAACCGUGUGCAGAACGUGAUAGCCAAGUACACAAUCGAGAGGCAUUGGACAUCGUUGAAUGAAGAAACUGGAGGCAUGAAUGAUGCUCUUUACCGAUUGUACAGCAUCACGGGUGAUCAGAAGCACUUGACAUUAGGCCAUCUGUUUGAUAAGCCAUGCUUUCUAGGAAUGCUAGCUAUUAAGGCCGAUAGCUUGUCCGGUUUUCAUGCCAACACUCACAUUCCGGUGGUUGUUGGAUCUCAAAUGCGGUAUGAAAUCACAGGCGAUCCGUUAUACAAGGAAAUAGGAACAUUCUUCAUGGAUACUGUCAACUCCUCUCAUGCAUACGCCACGGGAGGAACGUCUGUGUCAGAGUUCUGGUCUGAUCCGAAGCGUCUAGCUGGUACGUUGCAGACGGAGAAUGAGGAAUCUUGCACGACAUAUAACAUGCUGAAGGUUUCACGGAACCUGUUCAGAUGGACAAAGGAGAUGGCGUAUGCAGACUACUACGAGCGGGCUCUAACAAAUGGUGUGUUGAGCAUCCAAAGAGGGACUGAGCCUGGAGUCAUGAUCUACAUGCUACCCUUAGGCCCUGGUACUUCCAAGGCUCACUCCUACCACAAGUGGGGAACGAAAUUCGACUCUUUCUGGUGCUGCUAUGGCACAGGAAUUGAAUCCUUUUCAAAAUUGGGAGAUUCAAUAUACUUUGAGGAGGGAGGAAAUACUCCAACUCUUUACAUAAUACAAUACAUAAGUAGCUCUCUAAACUGGAAAUCUGGAAACAUCAUCCUGAACCAGCAAGUAGAGCAAAUCGCUUCGUGGGAUCCACGCCUUCAGAUCUCAUUUACGUUCACCUCGUCAAAAGAGCAAACCGCAAGCGGGACAUCUACUUUGAACUUCAGAAUACCUCUCUGGACAUAUUCUAAAGGCUCAAAGGCGACACUCAACGGCCAAAAUCUGCCCCUACCAUCACCUGGCAGUUUUCUAUCAGUCUCGAGAAGCUGGAGCCGUGGUGAUAGUAUUACUAUUGAACUUCCUAUAAGUCUUAGGAUGGAGGCAAUUAAAGAUGACAGGCAAGAAUACGCUUCGCUUCAGGCUAUAUUCUACGGCCCCUACCUCCUUGCCGGCCUCACUCAGAGAGACUGGGACAUCAAUGCAAAAUCAGCCACUGCAUUUUCAGACUGGCUAACACCACUCCCAUCAUCCAAGUACAACUCUCAGCUGAUCUCUCUCUCUCAAGGACCCGAGGCAGCGAUACUCUUCGUCUCAAACACAAACAACACGUUAAAGAUGGCAAGCUUGCCUGAGGCCGGGACAGAUGCUGCUGCGAGCGCAACUUUUCGCCUCAUUUUGAAAGACCCCGCGGCUCAUGAAGACCUCACAGAGCCAUGGGAUGCUAUUGGCAAGUCGGUCGUGCUAGAGCCGUUUGAUCUUCCUGGCAUGGCCGUCGUGCAUCAUGGAGAGGGAAAGCCUCUAGGAGUAGUAGCUCACUCAGCUGAGGCUGAUGGAGCUGUUUUUCGCCUCGUUAAGGGGCUCGAUGGGAAAGAUGCAAGCGUGUCGAUGGAGUCUGAGGAUAAGAAAGGCUGCUACAUAUGCAGCGGCGGCAGUGACAAGAGCAGCAUCAAGCUCAGCUGCAUCAGCUCAGGAUCAUCAGCAGAUGAUGGAUUCAAAGAGGCUGCAAGCUUCACACUUAGAAAUGGAUUCAACGAGUAUCAUCCUAUCAGUUUUGUGGCAAAAGGGAUGAACAGGAAUUUCCUUCUUUCUCCUUUGCUUAGCCUUAUGGAUGAAUCUUACACAGUCUACUUCAAUAUACAUUCUUGAUAAAUUGAUUUAGGGAUGAGUUGAAAUAAAUUCUAUUUCUCUAAAGUUUCAUGAGAAUAGAUUCAACAUUAAUGAAUUGUGAAUACUCAUAUUCACAUUUUUAACCUUUUUCUCUUUCUAUAAUGUAAAUUCACGUGUCUAAAUUUCUUCAA